ACGGCACGACCUGGCGCCACGAGCGCCUGAUUAUCCAGAGGGCCAUUUUCGUCAUUUCCCGGCGCCGGACGAAAUGAAAAGUUACCGAGGGGAGAAGGAAAUGCGGAGAGCGACUUCAGUGACGACGGUCAUCCAUGGCGUGAGAGAGACGGUGGGAGGCGUUUCUUUCUCCUCUUGCAGUGGAGACGACGCUGCUCUUUGCUUCUCCUUCGCGGCUUCCGCCCUCCACCAUAAUCGGAGCUCUCGUCUCUCCCGAUUUCUUGUGGGUAUUGAUCGGUUGGCCCCCUGAUCAUCUGUCUAGCAAGAACGAUGAGUAAUUGGCCCGGAAAUGGGGGCUUGUGCCCGGCGUCGUCGAAUUUAUCGGCGUUCGCGCAGCCUUUUACGAUCCCCCAGUUCGACCAAUAUCCCAAUUCGAUUCCUUUUUAUGUGGAUUCCGUCCAGCCGCCGUUUGAUCAAGGACCCGUGAAUUCUUCGCGCAACACUUGGGCGAAUCCGUGCCCUCCUAGUGCAAGAACCGAUUGGUUUCCCGCAUCGAAACCGGAGUUCGAUGUCGGGACUUAUUUAAACGCCUACGGUUACUCGGGUUCGGAGACUGUUGAUGGAGAAAAUACCCCUUUACCUUCGUGGAACUCUGUUGAUGUUGGAUUGAAUGAUAAGUUUGGUCGAUGUUCUGAUGGCUCGAGGAGUACCGUCAUGGAAAGUGAUGCGUUUUACCCCUUCAAUGUGUCGUCUGGGGUGGUUCAGGGUGCUCCCUCUGGGCUGGCUGCUCAGCGCGAUUAUGGCAGGAUAUCUUCUCCCUUUGAUGCAAAUUUGGAUAAGUUGCCUUGUGAUGAUCAAAGCAAAAGUGUGAGUUUGGGAGAUACAGUUGAAUCAAGUGGCCCUUGGAACGAGCAGGCACUGAGAUACCAUGGUAAAAGUGAGGAUUUAGGUGGGAGUUACUGCUUGAAGGAGCCAAUUGCAGCUCCAUUAAUGACUGAAACUUGUACAAAUGGAGGAGCUUCUCAUAGUGAUGGUCUUUCGAGUUGGGAAAAGCAUGGUGGAUUUCUAAGCAGAAAACAUGUAGAUGCAUCAUCAAGCUUGGAUUUGCCUGGAAUGUUUCAUGAAACAUAUCCUCAGGCAGCAAUGCCAGAGUUAUCUUCGAAUCUUGGGAAGAAACAGUGGCCAUAUGCUCAUAUAGAUGAAAAUGUUGUGUCAAAUCAUGUUGCAAGUGCGAAUGGUGGGAAUAUGAUUUUGGGAUCUUUCUCUGCCCCCCAGAUGGGACCUCCAGCUGAUGGAUUUGUCUCGGGAACCGGUGAAGUUUCAUUAGGAGGUCAAAAGAAGGGUAUGCACAGUGCUAAUGAGUACUAUGCUGGCAUUAUGCUAUCCAGUGUAAAUGAGCCUCAGUACCUGCAAGCUUCUGGUAGUAAAUUACUGUUUGAUGGCACCGAUCUCGGGAAAGGUGUGCCACAGCGUGGUUUAUUCGUGAAUGGUGGUAAGUCUGUAGCGAAAUCUAUGCCUGCACCCUCAAUGGGAUUCCCAAUUGAUGGUUUUAGGUCUCAAACUGGUGAAGUUUCUAUUGGAGAUCACAAGAAUGGUAGAGAUUGUGCUAAUGAGCUCUAUGCUGGCACUAUGCUGUCUAAUGUGAACGAGCCUUGGUCUGUAAAAGCUUUUGGAAGCAAGUCACAGCUUGAUAGCACGAGUCUUGGGAAAAAUGUGCUACAGCAUGGUUCUAGUGUGUAUGAUGGGGACUCUGUUGCCAAAUUGUUGCCUGCAACCACAAUGGGAUUCCCAAUUGAUGAUUUUAGCCCUCAAACUGGUGAGGUUCCUAUUGGAGAUCACAAGAAUAGUGCUAAUGAGCUCUAUGCUCGCAUGAUAUUGUCUAAUGUAAAUGAGCCUCAGUCCAUGCAAGCUUUUGGAAGCAAGUCACGGCUUGAUGGUGCCAGUCUUGGGAAAAUUGUGUCACAGCAUGAUUCUAUCGUGAAUGAUGGGAACUGUGCUGUGAAACCUUUGCUUGCGCACACUGUGGGAUCCCCAGUUGAUGGCUUUAGCUCUCGAGCUGGUGAAGUUUCUUCAGGAGAUCACAAGGAUGGUAGAGGCUGCACUAAUGAGUGCUAUGCUAGGAUUCUUCUAUCUAGUGUAAACAAGCCUCCAUUCGUGGGAGUACGUGGAAGUGAAUCACAGUUUGAUAGUGCAGAUCUUGGGAUCCAACUAGGGAGAAGGGAUUUUACCUUUGAGGAACCAUACCAUCUCGAAGAUGAAGACCGAUCAAAUAGCAAAUGUGAUUCGAAAGAUGCAUUUCAUCAUUUAGCUGGGGCAAAUUUGGAAUGUGAAGAUCCUUUGACGUCGGAUCAAUUCAAUUUAGCACUGGAGCAUCAUCGUACUCUGCUGUAUGCUGAAAAGCACACUGGUGCCAAUUCUGGAACCGGAAAUCCUCAUGUAACGUUAGACAGAUUUAGUUUGCCAUCGAAGGGAAAUCAUGCCUUGAAUUCUGCUGGGAGCCCUUCUGUGGGUUUACUUCAGUUUGAACAUGUCGUGGACUCUCCUUGCUGGAAAAAAGCAGUUGCACACUCAAAGCACAGGGAGGAACCUGAACGAAGCGAUUGUGAUCUGCUACAGGACCUUCGAAUCUUUGGCAAUACCUUAUAUCCUACUAAGGUCUCUUCUGAUAAACCAAGCGCAGGAAAAGUACUCUACAAAGGUGGAUGUAGUAACAGAGCUUCAGUGUCACCCUCAGUGCUGCAUGCCUUUGUUAAUCCAUCAGGCAGAGAGGGAAGAUCCAAUGAUAGUGAGGAUGUUUGCUUGAGUGAUUCAAAACAGGUUCCGUUUUCUAAUGAUGUCGGGGAAUCUGCUGGACAUUGCAUUACGUGCCAAGAAUCAAUCGGUGAUUCUAGCGCUAAACUUUCUCAUCCCACACAGCAGAGUUCAGGAGAAGGCGAUGUGACCUCUGACAAAGGGCACACGCCCACCCAUCAUGUCUCUGAUACAAAUGAAAAUGAUUCUUUCAAAAUGGAUCCACCUCAAGGGUUGCUUCUUUCUAUGAAGCAUGUGUUGGAAUCAACCAAUGCAGUAGAUAAUUCUCCUGGACUUGCCCAAUGGGAUAGGGGACCAGUAAUACCAAUGGUAGAUGGACAGAUGCUUGUUUCAACUUUGCAUAAUCUUUCAGAGUUACUUCUCCAUUCAUGUUUAAGUGGUGCUUGCGACUUGAAGGAAAGAGACACUGAUGUCAUUCAAAAGGUGAUUGAUAAUCUUUGUGCAUGUUCAUCGAAGAAUGUUGAGCAGAUGACUACACAGCCCAAAAUACAUAAUUCUGAGGAACCCAUGUACAAGAGUUUUGAAGCAUCACCUGAUCUUGACAUGAGUGCUAGUACAAAUAUGCCUCCUCUUGCCAGUGCAUUUUCAGUAAAUAUUCAGGGUCAGAUUGACAAUCACUGUGCCUUUGACAAGCAGAGGCAAGAUACUGGGUUUGAUAAUGAGGUUGAAAGUUCUUCUGAACUUUCCUCCUCUAGGGGUAAUGCCCUGAUAAACAAAGACGAUGCCAUGACCCAGGCUAUCAAGAAGAUUCUCAGUGAGAAUUUUCAGGUUGAGGAUGAUUCACAGCCACAAAUACGCUUAUUUAAGAACUUGUGGCUUGAGGCAGAGGCUACUCUAUGUUCCAUGAAUUACAAGGCUCGCUUCAAUCGCAUGAGGAUUGAGAUGGAUAGUUCCAGGUCCAAUGAACUGGAAGAUACACUUGGAAAUAAUUUGGAUGUGGAGAACUUAUCAGAUAUUGGAGUUGCUAUUCAAUCAAACGAAGAUGAUAAAUUGUUGGCUGGGACAAGGAGCCAUGAAAAGCCUGAGAAGCUGCAUGCCUCUGUUCAGAGUCCGACUGUGGUCAGCACUAUUGGCAGCAUGAUCGAUUCUACCACCAACCUUUUAGCUCAAAGUUGCUGGCCUCAUAACUUAAGUACUAAAAAUACUCCAAAUGUGGAGGAACAAGGGCCUCUGAAAGUGUCUCCUGAUCUCAGCAGGACUGCAGAAUUGACAGCCGGAGCAUCCAAAGAGAAUGGUAGCCUUGCAUCUGAAAUCUCUCUGAAUUCUCCUGUAACAGGUGCAAUCUGCUGCACUGACGACGUAGAGGCUUCUGUUAUGACCAGAUUGAAAAUCCUGAAACAAUGGGACGAGAGCUUAAGUUCUGAAAAUCAGACACAGAUUCCUCCAGAUUCAGUUGAUCUCGGGGUCGCACUUAAUGAACCAGUUGCUAGAGAAAAAUUGACCGAGGAAAACACGACCCUUUCUGGUGGCAAGUUGAAAAUGGAGUCACGCGGUGGUGUUGGAGAUAGUCAAAUACUCCAUUCUCGAAGGAAAGAUGAGCUCAAAACCCCGCUCUCUGCAGGUUGGCAGGACUGCUCAUCAGACUGGGAGUAUGUGCUGAAAGAGGAGAUUACUGGCAGAGAUAUCGAACCUUGACUGAAGGAGUUGAGUGUUCCUCAGAUGUGAGUGAUCACCUCAUGAUUUACUGGAUCUGUAUCUCCUGUCUAUGUUAUGUAGAACACUCUGGUGAACCCGUGAAUUGCUCUUAUGGAGCUGGUCUCCGAAACUUGUAUAUAUCUUUCGGAAUGCUCUGUCGUACUUCAAGCUAAAUAAGACAAGUUGCGCUUGCA